ACUAAGCACUCUGACCGUUUUUUAGAUUAGAUUUUAACAGUGCGAUUUACGACUAAACCAAGGAUAAGCUCACUGUCUCGUCCACCGAUCGAGAUAUCUUAAAAGUGGGGCAAAAUCACGAACCGUGAGGCUUGCUGCUGUAAACAAGUGAAAACUUUUUGCUUAAACCAAGUUUCGAAGCGGUCUGCGAGACUGCAGUGCAAUCGGCGGGCCGUCGCGUGCUCACGUGCGCAGGGCGAGUGGCCGCCAUACAUUAUACGUGCUUUAAACGAAUUUAUUAUAACUGUGAAAUUGGAAUCGUCUCAAUAAAAUUUCGGUCACGUUGGUCUUAUUUGACGGAGCCGGGAUGCUGUGACUUGAGAGGUUUUGAUGCGGAUCUUCGUUUCUCAGUAGCCCUUCCAGUAACACAAGGGCCGUCAAGAUGCUGCAGAGGAUCUUGCGCGACAUGUGGGUGGAUCCCGAGAUCCUGGCCGAACUCGACGAGACCCAGAAACAAACGCUCUUCUGUAAAAUGCGCGAGGAACAGGUACGAAGAUGGCAGGCCUGGGACGAUAAAAUCAGCAAGGACGACAUCCAGCCUAAGUUCCAGAAGAACGGGAAGAAGCAGGUCCAGUUCCUUAAAGGAGAAGACGGCGAACCAUGGGUUUGGGUUAUGGGUGAACAUCCAGACGACAAGUCAAUAGAGAGCAUCCUAGCGGAGGAAGCGAGGCAGCGCGCCCUCGCCCAGGCUCGUGAGGAGGCGCACCAGCUCAGGAAGUCCGUCGAGAAGGAACUCACACAGCUUAUCGACUACAAACCUCUAGACAGCUUGGAACAGAAAUUCGACCUUUCACCAAAAAGCAUAGACCCGCUGGACGACCUGGAGAUCUACUGCACAGUCGACGAGCUCCGGCAGCGCAUCGAGGCGCUGGAGCCCGAGGUGAAGAUCUCGGAGAAGGAGGACCUAAGAAACGAGGACAACAUGAAACUGGACCUGAACAAGAACACAUUGCAUUUCAAUUUUAUCGAAGGGAAAAGGGAUGUUUUGCAGGAUUUAGGCCUCCCGAACAACGAAUGCGUGAGUCACCGGGUGGCGGCGUGGGAGCGUCGCGUGGCGGCCGCCCGGGCCGGGGAUAUCCUGCGCGGGAUCCGGGCCAGGAGAGCGAAGACAUUACGCGAUGCGCAACUACACGCGCACGACGACGAGGCCGCCUGGAGGGAACAAGAACGCAAGGCAAAAGAAGCCGAAGCGAAUAUGAGGGAGAUAGCUCGUGUCGCCAGGGAAGCCCAUAGACGCAGCACAGACUUUGCAGACACAACCAUCACUGAUGCUUCACAAGCUGGUAAGCCACCGAGCAGGGAGGCGGUGCUGGAAUGGUUCAGAACCCAGGAGCUGCCUCGAGGAGUCGGACUCGAAGAGAACAAUAAACCAGUGGAAUGGUUUCACGGUCUGAUCAGUCGGUCCGAGGCCGAGUCGAUCCUGUCGGGCGCCGCGCCGGGCAGCUUCCUGGUGCGCGUGUCGGAGCGCGUGUGGGGGUACGCGGUGUCGUACCGCGGCGCCGCGCGCUGCAAGCACUACCUGGUGGCGGCCGGCGAGCACUACCGCCUGCUCGGGACCAAGCGACGGGACCAUCGGACUCUCGCCGAUCUCAUCAAUUACCACAGAACGGUGACCAUCACCGAGAGUGGAGGUGAACUCCUCGUUACUGCGUGCAGACCGGCCGAAGCACCGGCUUGUCUCUCCACAGAAUAAACUAUAGACAGCAUCAGUCGCACACGAUCAGUUUAGCUUGACAAGUAAGCAUGGCGCUCCAAAAUGAUUCGUCAUAUAAAAAAAAAUCUAUUUUGAAUUCGCUACCGAAUUGAUGUAACGAGAAAUGCCAAAAAUAUAAUCAAAUUAAAAAAAAAAAAGUAUAUAUCGACGCUUGAAAGGCAAACGUGACUAAGCGACAAUGUGUGAAAUUUACAGCAGAUUAAUUUAAAGUUGAAAUACAUGAAAACAAAAUUUAUUUUAACGAAUCCAGCUGUAGUAGAAUCUAGCUGGUAUCUGUAGGAUUGAAAUGAUUUUAAUAGACCUAGAAAUAUAUAUUUUUUCCACGUCGAAUAUGGUUAUUGCCUAUCAUUUAUUACUGUACAAAGCAGUUAUUUUCGCUUAGUCAAUUUUUGACUUUCAAGCGUCGAUAUGUUAUUAUAGUGAAUUCGUUUAUUUACUAAACAGUACUAUCAUGAAGAGCUCUUAAUCAUGUUCGUUUGGCUUUUCAGAAGGAUUGGCCUAAACAAUACAGAUGAGAUCGUUUCUAAUGUGAUCUAUAUACAUUAUACAUAUAUAGCAUUGUUCAGGUUCUGUAAUCUGUUAACAAUAGGUUGAUCUCAGGACGUCCGCUUGGUCGAACAAUUAAUCCAAAUCAAUCCAUCAACGGAAUCGAUUCUAUUGAAAAUAUAAUAUUGUCUAUGGUAGUUUUCCAAUUACAGAUCAUAAUGCGACUCAGUGACGCACAAUGCCGAAUUAUGCUGAAGCUUAAUCGGAACGUGAAUUAGUUUUCAAAUGCAUCAGCAGAGUGCGCUAAGUUAGCACAGUUUUAAUUAACAUUGAUUAUUUCUAAGAAACUACGACGAAACGAAAGCCUUACAAUUUUUUUCAACAUUAAAUAAUAUUACUAACGAUAAUAUAAACAAAAUUUCGAUCAAUGCCAACUUAAAGAAAAAACACUUGUCAAUUUUCUGUCACUGAGUCGGUAUCGAUUGCGAGUAUCACGCGAGAGCAGUACUUAUGAGAGUGCUCGAUUGUGCGAAGCGUUGCUGUAGUUGGAACAUUCAACGUUGAGCAUUAUGCCGCAUAAUGCGCUCUUGUGCUGUCAUUGGAAAACUACCAAACACAUCAUACAUAAUGCUUCUUGUAAACUUUAAAUCGAAUUCCAAUUCUAAAAAAUAUUAGGGCUGUCACAAACUGUCAAAAAAGGUUACUAGUGUCAAAACUGAUCGUGUAUUGCACAAUAGGGACCAGUUAUAACUAUCAGUCAUGUAUUAAUUUAGUUUAUAAGUUUCACUCACAUUAAUUUAAAUAUUAUUCUAUAAGUAUUAUACUAUAUGUAUAAACAAAUACAAAAUGUAACCAUUAUAAUCAAACAGCAGUUGAAUAGUCUUCAAGUGUACAUAAAUUCCUAAGCCCCAAGGUAGUUUUCGUUAAAAUCUAAAAUAAAUUAAAAUUCUGACAUUAUUUGCGAACAAUAUUCCUUCUGCCCACUGUACUCAUUGUAGGUACUUCAGCCUAUUAAAAAUAAUUAUAUUAAUGAUACAAAUUCGAAUUAUAGUUUGAUUUCUCCGCCAAAAAAUACUGUAUACUUUAAAAAAAAAUCAGACUAUAUUUUGGCAAAGGUGUCUAAAUAAAAAAAAAACAUUGUAAAUAAUAAAUCAUUAAAAUAAUAAGUUGAGAGCAUUUUUUAAAUUAAGUUAAAUUAAAAAUAGGAAUUUUAAAAUUAUACCUUCAAUUACAUUUAUUUUCUAUAAUAAUCGAAUGUGAAAAUAAUAAUCGAUUUUUGCUUUGUGAUAGUGGCGCUUCCGAUUUUAGGGUUUUAAUAUUACUUUAAAACAUAUUUUAUAUUACGAACUCAUAUUAACAAAUUACUGUAACGUAUUUUUAAUAGUCCUUAUUAAAUUUAAUAAUUAGUUAAUAUAAAUUUUGCUGCACUUUAAAUAAAGGUAUUUCCAUAAAAACAAUUUAAAAUAAAAUAUAUCUCAGUAUUAGGAAUGGUAUUCAAACACUCAAACUUAAUAUUUAGAAAUAUAUUGCCUAACACAUAAAACUUAAAAAAACCAAUAUGAACUUAGUUGUAAAUUUUUUAAAUCACACUAUUAAGUGAAUACAAUGAAACGAUAUAAGUCCAGGCGACCUAGUAUAUUUUUAAUAUCCGCUAUCUCUUUCGCACACCCAUGCAGUCGCAAUGACGUCAUAAUGCCUUUUGAUAAUAUAUAACGCAUGUAAUUCUUUGGAAAUCGCAUCUUCAAGGACGAUUACUUAAAAGUAAUAACCUAAAAACAAUGUUUUUUCACUCGACAGUGCAAUUAUAAAUUCGCCAAAUAUUAUAGGUACUUCUAGUGGAUUGCAAACUUUGAAACUAUUUGAAACCAAAGCGAACAAAGAUUUUUUAAAAUCGGUCAAAAUUCUUUAUAGCUCAUAAGCGCACUUCCGCGUUGUUGCUCGUUCAUGUUUUUGUCACAUCAGCAUCGCUCGAAGCUGAUCAGUCAGCGAUGACGCUGACGCUCGAAUCAGCAACCCGAUUCUAUGAUUACAUUUAAAACGUAAUGUAUGCCAUUUGUCUGUCGUUUAUAGAUAGCUUUUAGUCUAUGACUUUGUAUUUAGUCGUUAACUGCCAACUUGAAUAAUAAAAAGAUAUUAAAAUUAA